GCCUAGAACAUGCAAACCUGCUUGACUAUUACCCUUUGCCUGUGUACAACAUGUUUGGUCUGUCUCUAAUAGCCCUUCACCACUCCUUUCCUUCAGAAUGUCUGACAUAAGUGAGAGCAUCAAGGACGCAGUCAUUUCUGUCCUGCCAAGUGUGCCAGAAGAGACGUUCUGUUGGUUGAAAAGAUCUUACACCAGGGAGUGGAAAGCAAAGAUGACUUGCAGUACAUAAGAGAGCAGGACAUUGCAGAGUUUUUUCGACCAAUCCAGUGCAGAAAACUUUUAAAUGCAUGGAAAUGAGCAGGUACUGUACAUUUACUACUUCACUACCAAAUUAAAGAGUGUAUUAAAAUGCUUAUUGUUUUAUUUAAUUAAUUAUGCCAUCAUUUUAAUCAAUAUUCAUAAUGAUAGAUUUUUGUUUUCAUUGCCAGAUGCCAUAAGUUGUGCUACACCCCUACUCCAGUCUCCAGAAGGCAGUUCAUCACUGUCAAGCUCCUCGAGAUCCAGUAGCCCUUCACCAUCACAUUCCACACAGCCACCAGUAAAGCAAAACUGGCCAGAAACUUUCCAGAUACCCUGGGAAAAAAUGCCACCAAGUAUUCGUACUGCCACUGAAAGUGGGAAAAGGCCCUCACCAGCAGAUAGAAGGCAAAUGGUUUGGGUCUUGGUGGACGAAAUGAAGAAGUAUGAGGCCAACCCUUCAUGGUCGCAGUGCCUCAUAAUUUCUGUCAAGAUUGUCAACGAAUUUCCACAGUCCUUCGCUGACAUGAUAGAAGGGAAAUUUAUAGGGGGAGGAUAUGCAUCUCUCCUGAGUCAAAUAAAAAUUCAUGUUGUGCAUUUAAAUAGAAAUAACACUUUGGCACGGCGCAGGUCUGUCACCACAGGGGCAAAGCAAAACACAGGCCCUGCAGAUAGCUAUAGCUGCACACGGUGGCAGCCAGACCUUCCAACUGAAGAAACAGAAAGCACACUGGAAGAGAAAAAGAAGAUACUUUUGGAGUUCUUCUCUCGUGAGGGCUUGUCUGGGAUUGAAAGAGGAGAAGUACAGAAUCUCAUGGAGGCAACGUACUACUUACAGCGCAAGAUGAUAAACACAACACCGGCGCACACACUUGAAUAUCUGAAAUCUCAGUGGCCAUACCUGUUUGUCCCUAGGAGUAUGUGUAGACAUUUUGAGAUGUUAACAGACAUCAACAUUUUGAGAAAACUGGAAGCAUCUCUUGAAGGAAAUGGAGAAGGAAAUAUCAUGGAGUUCCUCAAGAAAAACCCUACCAAUAGUGAAGUCAAGGCUGUUCUGACCCGAAGCAAUACCAGUGUGGCAGCUCCAUAUGUUCUGCUGGUGCUGGUGGCUCACUUCAAAGAGUAGAGUGAUGCACUGAUACUGGAAACAGAUGUAAGUAUAAAGCCAUUUCAUUGCUCUCUCUGAUUUCCUGUAAACAAAUUAAAGAAGUAAAUAUACAGUGCAGUCUGUAUGUGUUUGGACAGGGACACAUUUCUUUGUUGUUUUCAUUCUGUUCUCCAGUAAACAAACAGUUGACAUAAAACAGUCACAAUGUGGUUAAAGUGCAGACUGCGAUAUUUUGAUUGGCUGGUGUUGGUGAAGGAUUGGCUGGUGUACAUGAAAUGACCAAUGGGUACACACAUUCUUUGUGGGCUAGGAGCAUUUCUGGCAGGAAAAA